AUGGACACAGACACAGGCAUGCACCAAAACCAACACAACAACCAACAGUUCAAAAUCCAGCACCACAACAACAACCAAAACCAACAGUUCAAAACCCUGCACAACAACCAACAGUUCAAAAUCCAGCACCUGCACCACAACCAAAACCAGCACAACAACCACCUCCACAACCAGCACAGCAACCAACAGUUCAAAACCCUGCACAACAACAACCACAAACAGAGCAAGGACAUAAAAGAAGUAGAGAAAAAGGAAACCAAGAAUUCUUAA